AUGUCCGAAACCCAAUUCGUUUGCGAUCUGUGCCACCAGCGGUACUCCACCUUUUCCAUCUUGAUGACGCACAACCGGCUGAGGCACUAUCACUCGAUCAAGUGUGGCUGUGGAUACUGCAACGAAACGUUCCGCAACGAGGACGAUCUGUACUGUCACUUUGUGCUAAAGCAUCACGUCGAUCCUUAUGCGCUCCGUGAAUCGCCAGACGGUUCUUGGAGCGCCAGUGCAUCGCCUCAGGAGGGCGCCAAGGUGCCGGAGAAGAGCUCACCCGACAGCCAACCGCCGGCGACCGGGGAAAGGUGCCCACGACUCUCCAGUAGUGAAAGUGAUGAUGGAUCCGCGUACGAAGAUGACGACGACGACGAUGGCGAGGUCGAUUUCGGGAUGGAACUGAACUACAACGAGCUGUACGUACGCCGGAAGCGCAGUGCCCUGACGCAGGAAGAAAUCGCCGAGCUGGCCGAUGAGUUCAAGAAAACGGUACAGGCCGCCUACACGACGAAGGUGAAGUUCUGACGCUAGGCAACCACCGCCGGCCCCGCCAGCCCCGCCGGCCCCGCGGUUGCCGGGGGUGUUAGGUGUCGGCUGGUUCGGCACCAAAAUCACAACCAUGUGAUGCUAUUAGCGUAUGGGACGGGCUCCCACUCUAGCCUAGACGGUUAGACGUGUGGUUUCGUGCCGUGGCCCCAUCGACACGGAACGGAAAAAAGGCAGAGAGGAUUUCAUUCGACGGCGGCACUCUCUCCGGCAUCUGGAGAGGGUGCGGGGUGCGCGGGACACUUAAGGGCGGGCGUGUGGAUCUUUAACCACGACCGCGGGAGGCACUCGAAGGGGACG